CUCAGCACUUUUCACCUCAGCACUUCAGCACCUUACACACACUCACUAUAUCCUCGUUGUUCCAUCUUUCGAAGUCGCCUUGCCCUUCUUUGCUCUUCUGACUUGAGAGCCCUAGAGAGCCAUGGCUGCACUGGCACCCGCGACGACCGAGGAGGUUGCGCAGACACUGACGGUGCACGGAAAGCUGGCCUUGGACUGGGAGCGACGGAAGCAGGAGGCGGCCAUGGCCAGUAUUGGCGCCAAAACCAUGCCCUCGUUGGCACAUCUCCAAAGCGCGGCGCAGAUGGUCGCCAGGUGUGCCGAGGUGCAGCGGCUUGACCACGAGGCCUUCUUCCUUGGCCUUGAACUCUUCGACGGCUUCAUCACCAUGAAAGCAGCAGCCACAGCAGACUCCAGCACUCAGACGCGGCCGCCAAGCCUGAAGUUUUGCACCUUGGCGUGCCUGACAUGUGUGCAGCUCGCCUCAAAGAUGAUUCUGCUCCGCAAGCGCAUGGGGCCUGCACGCACGUCCAGAUACGCUCAGAGGCUGUUGGGGUUGCCAAUCUCAUACAAGGACAUCACGGACAUAGAGUUUGAAAUCUUGAAGACCAUCGACUUUCGCAUGGUUCCCUCCCCACUCCUCAUUCUCCGCAACUUCUUGGAGGCAACUGUGUUCAACCUCAAGGACACCGAGCUUGCCAGCGUGUCAGCAAUUGCACAGGAAAGCAUCGAAGACAUUGCCAGGAAAGUGCUGGUGCUCACGUAUCAUGAAAACGAGGCGCUGCUUCGUGCCCUCAGCAAUGCGGAUAUUCAGCUCAGCAUCAUCCUUCGCACCACCGGUGUCAUCGCUCUGGCCUUUUACCUCUUUGAUACGGUGCUCAGCGACACCAUCAACAGGACACUGGCAAGGAUGACGCACUACACAGAAGAGACAUAUGUCGAGUUUGCUGCGGCGGUGCUUCAAGCCACAGACCUGACUAGCACUAUCUCUUGAACAGGUGGGGUGUGUGCAUGUGUGUGUGUAU